CGUCAUCACCUCCUCCUUAGCCUCGCCGGCGCAUGCUCAGUGGCUGCAACUGUUGUUAAUUGCCUUUUUCUUCUACUUCUCUUCAGAGGCUUUGAAUCAAUGGCUUUGAUCCGUGUUCUAAACACAGCUCUGCUGUCUUUGCAGCAAACCCUGAGAAAUGGCCCUCAUCUGCAACACAGCGGCGCUUGCAGGCUUCUAUCCUCUUCCAUGCCUGCCUCAGAGAAAAAGACAGAACCCAAAGAAAGUAAAGGUCCCACCUUUAACUGGCAAGAUGCCCUUAAUUUGGAAAGUCAACUGACAGAAGAAGAAAUUCUGAUCCGUGACCAAUUUCGGGAUUAUUGUCAAGAAAAACUUAUGCCCCGUAUAUUACUGGCUAACAGGCAUGAAGAUUUUGACCGUGAAAUAAUGAAUGAGAUGGGAUCAUUAGGUGUUCUUGGUCCGACAAUCAAAGGUUACGGAUGUGCUGGUGUUUCAUCUGUAGCAUAUGGUUUGAUUACAAGAGAAUUGGAAAGAGUAGACAGCAGUUACCGUUCAGCAAUGAGUGUCCAGUCUUCCCUGGUGAUGCACCCCAUCAAUGAAUACGGAACCGAAGAACAGAAAGCCAAAUAUUUACCAAAGUUAGCAACUGGAGAGCUGAUUGGUUGUUUUGGUCUGACAGAACCAAAUCAUGGAAGCGAUCCAUCUUCAAUGGAAACAGUAGCUAGAUAUUCUCCUUCAGAUAAUAUAUAUAUUCUAAAUGGAUCCAAAUCCUGGAUCACCAGUUCCCCGAUUGCAGACGUGAUGGUUGUAUGGGCAAAGUCAAAGAGUCACAAUAACAAGAUUAAAGGUUUCAUUCUGGAGAAAGGUAUGCCCGGUUUGACAGCACCAAAGAUUGAGGGCAAAUUCUCACUGAGGGCCAGCAUUACAGGACAAAUCGUAAUGGAAGAUGUUGUUGUGCCGAGCUCCAAUCUUCUCCCUGCUGUUUCUGGUCUCAAAGGUCCAUUUGGAUGUUUGAACAAUGCUCGUUAUGGCAUUGGAUGGGGAGUCCUUGGAGCAGCAGAGUUCUGUCUUGAAACAGCACGACAAUACACACUGGACAGGAUCCAGUUUGGCUCUCCACUGGCCAAGAACCAGUUGAUGCAGAAGAAAAUGGCUGACAUGUUGACCGAGAUCAGCCUUGGACUUCAGGCUGCCAUUCAGGUUGGUCGACUGAAAGACGAAGGAAAAGUCACACCUGAAAUGAUAUCUCUGAUUAAACGCAACAACUGUGGCAAGGCUCUGGACAUCGCUCGUGUAGCCAGGGACAUGUUGGGUGGAAACGGCAUCAGUGACGAAUACCAUGUCAUCCGGCAUGUCAUGAAUCUUGAAGCAGUCAACACAUAUGAAGGAACCCAUGAUAUUCACGCCCUUAUAUUGGGUCGUGCGAUCACUGGACUGCAGGCCUUCAUGUAGACCACACCCUUAGAUGACCACCGCUGCUGAUAUCACUGUGGGACAAUGAAACACAAUUUGUUUGCAUUCUAUCUAAUCUGUUGUAUUUAGUGCACAGAGAAAGAAACCAAAAACAGAAAAAGAAAUAAUAAAGAGACAAAAGUCUUCAUAGUUACAUUA